CUCGUCCUCGUCAACCACGAUGUUGCCUAUCAUGAACGAUUCCACGACAGACUCAAAGCUUAGGCCUAGGCAGUGACAUGUCGACGAUGUGACCAUGUAGAAAGGUCCAUUGCCGUAAUUUAUUGUUGCCCGGAAUUUCGAGGGCAUAGGCUACGUAAAUCUAGUCAUUGUGACCUCCAGCAGUGGACCAGGUUUCCGUAAUACCUUCGGCAACAUGAGGGCCUUAUCUGUACUGGUCGUUCUUUGUCUUUGUGAGCUACCCCCAACCAUUCUGUAUCCAGUGGCUCGAAUACCUGACUAAAGAAGUGAGUAUUAAUCAGCGCAGACAUGGGGGGUCCGGGUUACCACGUCUGUCGCUACAAGGGCCACUACUUCGUCUACUAUCAACGUAGCGAUGCGCACCCAGAAGCUCUCGGCGUGGAGUUAUUGCGAGAGAUCCCAAUUGACAUUGAGCCGUUCCAGCGAUGGCUAGCGGAGACGAAGAAAAUCUACGGGGAAAGAGUGGCCAUGUUGUCCCCCGAGUCCAUCCUAACUGUGGAUGGUGGUUCCAAGCAUCAUGUCACGCUGCUUCAACCUCAUACCAGUGCACGGAUUGAGUGGGUCUGGGAGAUUAAUCUCGACGAUUUGACGUUCUGUCUGAAUGGAUCUCCAUUUUUCUGUCUCGAUUAUCGUCCCAGCACGGAGAUCUUCCUGGAGUCUAUUGGUCGGGAUCACUACAACCACAUCAUACCUUCCGACAAGCUUCCCCGAGAGUACCGCGCGCGGGUUUCCCGUUUGCCACCAUAUUAUCGGGAAGCUGACAUCCAGGUUUACAAAAGUAAUUCCAUUAAAGAACCUCAGAGGGCAGUUCGAGAGGUUCUAUUUCAGCGAGGACACUUCUCCAACCAUCAGACUGUCUGCAUCCGAAUGAUGGAAGUGGCAGUGGGCCUUUGCCUCUGCUCUCCGUGCCGACCCUAUCUCUCCUCAACGCUCAUGCCAGAUGAAAGCGCAUUCACAGACGAGUUGAAGGAUAUGGCGCGAAUGCUGAUACGACUCGCCGUCUGUCCUGUCGAGUAUUGCCGACUCACGCCAACUCGAGCUGAAUCUGAUGAAAAUAAAGUCUCGCGCGAUGCCGAUUUCUGGUGGGUACGGAGACACAUUUGCGUGCAUUUUGCAACACAUCUCGAUGACGAGAGGAAUUUGCAAGCCGCCGUCUCUCGUAUAGUUGAGGAGCUUUCACAUGGCGGAGACACCGAGGUUGUGUAUGGUGUUGCAUUUUCCUUCUUGCAUAUCGUGAUCGUGUGCCAUGACAAGAGAUGCAAGGCGUUCAUGCAUACGCGAGCUUUGCCAUUCCUCCCCGAACCCCUCGCUACGAGUCCCAGCACUCGUGGUAUCACUGCUCUGGUUUGUCUAGGAGACUCUGGCUCCGUCGACGAUAAAAUCUUCUACGCUCGAAGGCUGGUCAAGGUGCAUGGCUUUCAUGACGUUUCAUUCCCGGUGGGAGAGGACAACCCGAGGAUAUCUCAGCAAGGGAGUGGGAAGAGGAUGGCCAAUGAGAUUUGGACGACCAUCGCGUCUUUCAUUCACGAUGGUCGAGACCUCGCCAGCUUCGCACUAGCUUCCCACCAAACUCUCUCCGCAGCCUUGCCCUGGCUCAAGUAUCCUCAGAUUCGGGUUCCCACAAAUAAGUCGACGAGUGACGUGAUAAUAUUGUCAGGGGUUGGACCAACGGACUAUUUACGAAGGUUCAAGGAUGAGCAUCUUCAUCUGUAUGGCGGCACGUUCCGUACCAUUUGGAAAGAAGCACCUAGUGUUGUUUCAAUCACUAUCAAGCGUGCUGCAUCCAUUUUCCAAGCCACUUCCGCUGAGAGGUUCCGGUUUCCCGGAAUAGACCCCGAUGAUUGUCAAUUUGCUGUCUUUCUAGGUCCAUUAGAAAAGGGAAAGGAUGGACGAACGAGUAUUCCAAGGAUCUUGGAUUAAUGGUAAGGAGUUUCGACAACGACCAAGUUUGGUAGCUUCCGGCGAGAUUCUUUGUACUGUAUAACAAUUCGCUAUGACUUUGUGUCGACAAUAUUUGACUGUAUAACAAACGAUUUCGUUAUCGCUUCAGAACGUAUAAAUCUGCCGCCGUCGGUUUAAGUACC